GAUGACGAGGACGAUAAGAAGAAGAAGAAGAAGAAGAAGAAGAAGAAGAAUGUUGUAACAAUUUCAAGAUGCAUUAAUACUGAAAUAUUAGUGUGAAGACGGGACCAUCGGGUAUAUAUAUCGGGUGAGGCAGGGCAUUUUAUUUAUUUAUUUAUUUAUUUAUUUAUUUAUAUUACCGAUAAUUGCUAUAAAUUAUUGUAUACUAUGGACACAACAGUAUUUUGCUUGUAUUUUCUCAUUUGUAAGUCGCUUUGGAUAAAAGCGUCAGCUAAAUGAAUAAAUAUAAAUGUAAAUAUAAAUUUGACAUGUAGCCAAUGAUUUAAUUGAUCGGAGGUAGCUACAGUGUUUCUGUGGUUGGUGGCGGGUUUUGUUUUUUGUUUUUUUGUAAAGAACUGUUAUCCUGAUGAUAGAUGAUAGUUAGUACUACUACUACUACUACUACUACUACUACUACUAAUAAUAAUAAUAAUACUCAGAUGCAUAAUAAUAAUAAUAAGAAAUCAGUUAUUAUUAUUAUUAUGAUUAUGAUGAUUAUGAUUAUGAAGAAGAAUUGUUGUUGUUGUUUUGAAUUGAUGGAUUGUCGGCUGUGCUUAACUUAUAUCGAUUAGAAGCUAUUUAGAAAAUAUUUAUCUUCCUAAAGUCAGGCUGCUCGUCUGACGUCUCUGCAAAGACAGUGUAACUUAAAACUGAUCCCUCCUGUGUAUUUGUCAGCCAAUCGGACGCGAUGAGACCUCCCCCUCCAUCUAUUUAGCAUCAGAGACUGGGAUAAAGUUUCCAAAAAACAUUAGGCAAAAACUUCCUACGGGACGAAAAGUGGGCCAAAGCUUUAGUGCACGUCAGAGCGAGAAUACAGCACACACAGACACACACACACACACACACACACACACCUUUACACACACACACACACACACACACACUGGACCAUCCAAACUCCUGAAACGUUUUUUCUGUCUGUUGUCAUCCCGCACGGAUUUACUUUCUCACCACGGAUUCGAAGGCGGAGAGCGCGUUUCCCCCCGUGCCCUUACAUUUCUUUAAACGAGAAAUGGAAGAGAGCUCGAGUUCACCCGUGUCUCCGGUGGACAGUCUCGGGACCAGCGAGGAGGAGCUGGACCGCCAGCAGCAGCAGCAGCAGCACCAGCACAGGCGCUUCGCCCGGAAGAGGAGACCGAGUAAAAAGUCGAGUGAGGAGGACAGCUCUGGCGGAAGUCCCGGCUCGGCUAAACGGAGCAAGAAGGCGAGUCCGAGCCGAGCGCAGUCCUACGAGGAGCUGCAGAAUCAGCGCGUGCUGGCCAACGUGCGCGAGCGCCAGAGGACUCAGUCUCUGAACGAAGCGUUCGCGUCUCUGCGCAAGAUCAUCCCGACCCUGCCCUCCGACAAGCUGAGCAAGAUCCAGACGCUCAAGCUGGCAUCCCGCUACAUCGACUUCCUCUAUCAGGUGCUGCAGAGCGACGAGAUGGACAGCAAGAUGUCCAGCUGCAGCUACGUCGCGCACGAGAGACUCAGUUACGCCUUCUCGGUGUGGAGGAUGGAGGGAGCCUGGUCCAUGUCCGCCUCGCACUAGCGACCUCCAGCACAGCUGGACACCAAUCAUGCCACCUGGACUGUUUACUUCCACUAGUUCUGAAGACACCAAAGGAUUUAUCGAAGAACCCGUGAAGCUUCAUGUCAUGAUGAAAGACACAACCUGAGCUGCCUAAUGUGCCUAAUAUGCACUCAUAGUGCUGUUGAAGCCCAGAGUCCUAACUUCACAUCUUAGCCCUAAAUGUCCUCAUGGUGUUAGUAAAGGAAAGCCAUCUUCUAUCUUUAAUGAAACUAUAUUUCCCCCUUGAAAUAGAAGAGUUUAUAUAUAUAUAUAUAUAUAGAUGUAUAUGAUUUUUUUUGUAAAGUAUUGUACAUAAUGCUACCUGUGAGUUUGAUCAACUUUUAAGGGGACCAAUAUGAUUUAGAGCAAUAGUUUUCUGCAUGGAUUACUGCCUUUUUUUUUUUUUUUUACAUUCAAAACAAACAAACCAAAAAAUGUUGUUCUAUGCAAGACUUUCAAUUUCCAUGCAUUGAAUUGUGCUUAUUUAUUAAAACAUAUUUUUUGAACAAGUAGGCUGAUCUGUGGAUUAUGUAUCGUGGAAUAUACAUAUUGCUUGAUCGAUGAGUAUUAUUAUUAUUAUUAUUAUUAUUAUUAUUAUUAUUAUUAUUAUUAUUAUUAUUAUUUUGCUGUCCAUGUUAAAGGAAACAUAUUCAGUUCUUACAAUUAAUAACAAAAUGGCGGACAGUGAUCACGAAGUCCUGAUCUCUGUUUUGAAAUGAAAGCUGUUCACUGGGAGAGAAAUACGAGCCAGUGUUAAAGCUUUUAUCCGCCUAGUAUAAUAGCGUCAUAUCAUUUCAACUGCUGGAGCUGAAGACCAAAUUUCUUUGUUACCGACCGAAACGAGCCGAUUGAAAGAGCAGAUUUAUUCUCCUUCAGCCCUGUAUAAAUGGAAAGCUGCCACACAUGCACAGCGUGAAAUUGUUUACAGCUCAUUUUGCUCAGAUAUAGAUCAGCAGAAUAAAAGAGAGCGAUGUGCCAUGCGCUGACUGUAGCUGAUAAAAGUCUACAUAAAUGUUGUGUGUAGUGCAGAACUAAUGAUCAACCACAGCGAGGAGAUCUCUAUCUUCUCCUCAAUCUACAAUACUGAUUAUCUUACUCUCCUUUUCCUCGUCACUGCGGUAAUACCAUCAAGGGGAUGUUUUGUACCUUUUUACCGAGAACAUCUUUAAAAAAAAUAAUUUCAGGUGCAACCAGUAAUGUACCAUAAAUUAUUGGUUAGAUAUCUUUUAGAGCAAAGUCCUUAGUUAAAGAAACAAUCAGAGGAA